ACAGCGCAGUUCUGAUGUUAGCAGCUCUGAUCAGGAAGAAGUUGUUACACGUGAAAACACCGCAGCGGACGCUGCAAAUAUCUCAGUCACAAGUUCAACAAGAUCUUCUUGACUGCUGUCCAUCUCUCCAGGGAAGACUGUCAGCGGAGUACAGGAGUGCGGGAGAGAAGUGUGUUUCUAAGUGCCAUUAUGCCAUGGCAUCUCUGGGCACCUCCUUUGUGCAAAUCAAAUUCGAUGACAUCCUCUUCUACGAGAACUGCGGCGGCGGGAGUUUCGGGAGCGUGUAUCGCGCCCGCUGGCUCUCGCAGGACAAAGAGGUGGCGGUGAAAAAGCUUCUGAAGAUUGAAAAAGAGGCAGAGAUUUUGAGUGUUCUCAGUCAUCGAAACGUCAUCCAGUUUUAUGGAGCGGUUCUGGAAGCACCUAACUAUGGGAUUGUUACAGAGUACGCCAGCGGUGGAUCUCUGUUCGACUAUCUGUCCAGCGCUGAGAGUGAAGACAUCAGUAUGAAGCAGAUUAUGACCUGGGCAAUGGACAUCGCUAAAGGCAUGCAUUAUCUGCACGCCGAGGCCCCGUUAACAGUCAUUCACAGAGACCUCAAGUCCCGAAAUGUUGUGUUGACAGCAGAUUCAGUACUCAAGAUCUGUGAUUUCGGGGCGUCUAAGUUUCAGUCUCACACCACCCACAUGUCUCUGGUGGGCACGUUUCCCUGGAUGGCCCCUGAAGUCAUCCAGAGCCUCCCAGUGUCUGAGACCUGCGACACAUACUCGUACGGAGUGGUCCUGUGGGAGAUGCUGACUCGUGAAGUUCCCUUCAAAGGUCUGGAGGGGCUGCAGGUGGCCUGGCUGGUGGUGGAGAAGAGCGAGAGGCUGACGAUUCCCAGUAGCUGCCCGGCCAGUUUCGCCUGUCUGAUGAGAAGCUGCUGGCUGACAGAACCGAAAGACAGGCCGCUGUUCAAACACAUCUUGUCCACGCUGGAGUCCAUGUGGAACGACAGUCACUUACCUGAGGAGUGCAACACUUUCCUGCACAAUAAAGCAGAGUGGAGGUGUGAGAUUGAGGCGACUCUAGAGCGUCUGAAGCGGCUGGAGAGAGAUCUGAGCACCAAAGAGCAAGAGCUGAAAGAAAGAGAGAGAAGGCUAAAGAUGUGGGAGAGAAAGCUCAUCGAGCAGUCCAACACACCGCUUCUCCCAAACCUGGCCAUCCACUCCUGGACAGAAGAACAUGUGCAUUUCUGGAUGGAGCAGAUUUUUCAAGGUGAUGGAGAGCUGCAGCAGUACGCCGAAAUCUUCAAGCAGAAUCACAUCACAGGACAGAGACUGCUGCUGCUGUCCGAGACGGACAUGAGAGAUCUGGGUGUGACGUCUAAAGGACACAUCAUACAUCUCAAGACCGAAAUUGAGAAACUUACCCACGACUACCUGAACCUGUUCCACUUUCCGCCAUUGAUCAAGGAUGGUUUGGCCACGGAGGAAGCAGAGGAGGAGUGGAGGAAGACUGUGAAUCUGGAGUUGGUGUUUGGAUAUCACUGGAAAGCAGGCACAGGCCAAACGGACUGCAAAUGGAAAAUGUACAUGGAGCUUGAUGGGGAUGAGGUGGCAAUCGCAUAUAUCAAAGACGUGACCUUUAAUGCCAACAGACCAGACGUAGAUGUAUUAAAGAUGACCAAGCCACCGUUUGUGAUGGAUAAGUGGAUCGUGGGGAUUUCUGGCACACAAACCGUUGACUGCACAGUAAACUAUGAGGGUAACGUGAGAUCUCCUAAGUGCACGAGACACGAGCACAGAGUGCAGUGGAGUCCAGACAGCGGGAGGGACGUGAUCAGACCUGUAGAGCUGGUCAUUGAGACGGCGCCAAGCAUCAGGGAAGGUCACAACAGAAGCAGGUCCAACUCAGGUGUUGAUCCCAGAUGGAUUUACAGUCUGAGAAUGAAGCAGUGGAGAGAGCAAGCUGCCCAGGAGUCCACAGGCAAGAUGACCCUCCCUCAGUUCCUCUCCGUCAUCGGGAACCAAUCAUCGUACACCGCCGCUGUCAGGAGAUCGCACAAUCUCAGCCCUCUCACUCCAUGGACAGACUCGCGGAGUUCCUCUCCCACCCUUUCCGUCAAACUCUCUACCAUCCAUCUGGGGUCAAAGGGCAGCAGCCCGUCAAGCACGACAUCUGAGAGCACCUUGGAGCGAGAGCGGCCCCCUAGUGCUGGAGAUAAACACAACUACCACAGAAAAGCAUACUACACGUUUAAAACCAACGGAGGAGGAAGAGGAGAAGUGGAAGCCAGAAGGCCUAAUCAGAUGUCACAGAGAGGAUCCAGAGGCUUGCAACAUGCUGGACGGCCCCGAAACAACAACUCCUAUAUAACACCGUCUAACCACCAACGCCCAAUACCGGGGAUGUCCGUUGUCACUGAGGGGGUGAAGCAGAAAGGGGCGUCUGUAGAGGCCGGGUCUGGUGAUGGGGACUGGAUUAAAGUAGAAAGAAAGAAACCUAAUAAACAGGAACAUAAGCACCAGGAAGUGAGGCAGGGCAGAGGCCGGCCGCGCAGAGGAGGGAGAGGCGGUGGGCGUGGCCGAAGUUGAGUGCUUAUAAAGCGUUACACCGUGUCCUAACUAGCCAAGAUUCCAGCGACAAGCAAUUUGGGUGUCCAUACCAGACGCGA